AUGGUAGAUUCAAAAGUUUUAGAAAUGGCUAAUUUGAGGAAGAUUUACAUAAACAAAUCGAAUGUGGAUGCACAAAUACAGACAAUAUUAGAUACUCACCCUAUAACCACUCCAGAUGUCUUAAAUGCAUGGUUACUGAAAGCCAUUACAGUAACUGAUUUAACUACUCUUUCUGGUGAUGAUACCAGGUCAAAUGUAUUUAGACUAUGUACUAAGGCGGCAAAUCCGUUGCCAAAAGAUUUGAUAAAACAGUUGAACUUGGAAAAUCCCAUCAGAACGGCAGCAGUGUGUGUUUACCCAACAAAAGUAAAAGAUGCUUAUGAGGCUAUCAAACUUAUGGAACUCACUUCAGAAAUUAAUAUUGCAGCUGUGGCCACUGGUUUUCCUUCGGGCCUCUACCCAAUAGAGACAAGAUUACAAGAAAUCAAAUAUGCUGUUUCGAGCGGCGCUACUGAAAUUGAUAUAGUCUUAGACCGUAGCUUAGUGCUAACAGGGCAGUGGGAUGCAUUGUAUGAUGAAGUCAAACAAAUGAAGAAUGCAUGUGGUAAAGCCCACUUGAAAGUCAUAUUAGGAGUUGGAGAAUUGGGAACUUAUGAGAAUGUUUAUAGAGCCUCCAUGAUAUCUAUGAUGGCUGGUGCAGACUUUAUAAAGACCUCCACGGGUAAAGAAGCUGUAAAUGCGACCUUGCCCAUUGGUCUUGUGAUGUGCAGAGCAAUAAGAAGACACUAUCAGAAUACUGGAAUCAGGGUUGGCCUCAAACCAGCUGGUGGCAUAAAGACAGCUAGAGACGCAGUCAACUGGCUGGUCCUUGUGUACACGGAAUUAGGUCCAGAAUGGCUUACACCGAAACUAUUCCGCAUUGGUGCAUCUAGUUUACUUGCUGAACUUGUAAACAAUAUUGUAUGAGAUAAAAAGGAA